AUGGCUUCAGCAAUUUCAAUUCCUCUUCUGGAGGACCUGAACAGCUCCCAAAUUAAUCAAGAUUCUGAGUUUCAUGCCUCCAAACCAAGUCUCACUUUAUCAGAGGUGAUUUUGGAGAUCAAAAUGCUGUACACAAUCGCGUUCCCCAUGAUCGUCACCGGCCUACUCAUCUACGGCAAGUCCCUCAUAUCCAUGCUCUUCUUGGGCCACCUCGGCAAGCCCGCCCUCGCCGGCGGGUCCCUUGCCAUCGGCCUCGCCAACAUCACGGGCUACUCCGUCAUCUCGGGCCUCGCCUCCGGCACCGAGCCCAUUUCCUCCCAGGCCUUCGGGGCCCGCCGCUGGCCCCUCAUGGCCCAAACCCUACACCGCACCAUCAUCCUCCUCCUCCUUGCAUGCAUCCCCAUCUCCAUUCUAUGGCUCAACAUCCGACCCGUCCUCUCCCUUUUCGACCAAAACCCCGAAAUCUCCAAAAUAGCCUCCACCUAUCUCGCCUUCUGCCUCCCGGACCUUCUUCUCCAGUCGUUCAUAAAUCCUAUCAAAAUUUAUCUGAGGUCCCAAAACAUCACCCUCCCGCUUAUGCUCGGCUCGGGUUUUUCCCUGGCCUUGCAUGCACCCGUCAAUUACUUGCUCGUUCGGAGAACGGGCCUUGGCGUGAAGGGGGUGGCUCUUUCGGUGGUUGUGUCCGAUCUCGUUUUUCUUGGGAAUCUGACGGUUUACAUGGCGUGCGCUUGGGGUUUGGAGAGGAAAACGCGGGCCAGGGGCACGGCCCGGGAGAUCGAGUGGGUCCCUAUACUGAGCCUGGCCCUGCCCAGCUGUUGCUCGGUGUGUCUCGAGUGGUGGUGGUACGAGAUCAUGAUUGUUCUCUCGGGCAAUUUGUCGAACGCCCCGGAGGCGGUGGCGGCCAUGGGGGUGCUCAUGCAGGCCACGUCGCUGGCUUAUGUGUUCCCGUCCGCGGUGGGGCUGGCGGCGUCGACGAGGGUCGGGAACGAGCUUGGCGCCGGGAGGGCGGAGGAGGCGCGGGCGGCGAGCGCGGUGGCAGUGACGUGCUCGGCCGUGACGAGCGCGGCGGCGGCGGGGGCGAUGGCGGCGAUGGGUGGGGCGUGGGGUAGGGCGUUCACUGGGGACGGGGCGGUGGUGGGGCUGACGGCGGCGGUGAUGCCGGUGGUGGGGCUGUGCGAGCUGGGGAACUGGCCGCAGACGGCGGGGUGCGGGGUGCUGAGGGGGAGCGCAAGGCCCGGGGUCGGGGUGCGGAUCAACCUGGGCUCGUUUUAUGGGGUGGGCCUGCCGCUGGCGGUGUUUAUGGGCUUUGGGAUGAGGAUGGGCUUGAUGGGCCUGUGGCUGGGGCUAUUGGGGGCCCAGGUGGUGUGCGCGGGGGUCAUGGUAUGGGUCUUGAGCAGGACAGAUUGGGUGGUUCAGGCGAACAAGGCCAGGGAACUGAUUGGGGCGGUGGAAUUAAAUCGUGAAGGAGAAAGUUUAUUAGCAGCCACAAAAAUUGUAUACUGA